AACCCUAGCGCCGCUUGAAACCCCUCCUCCUCCCUUCUCCCUCCACACUGCGCGGCGGUGGCCCAAGGCCGGCGAAUCCCCACCUCCUCCUCCCCCCUCUCGCCUCCGCCGCGCGGGGGGCGGCCGCCGCCUCCUCUCCUCGCCCGCCGCCACCUCCCCCCACUUGUUUCUGGGCAGAGCGCGCGCUCGCGAGCUCGAGGAUGGCCGACGUGCGGCCCGACGAGGCCGCAUCAGAGGAAGUGAAUUCUAUCCACUUCAGCUUCUACAAUGAUGAUGAAAUUAAGAGGAUCAGUGUUAAACAGAUAACAAAGUCGGAUCGUGUCGAUGCCAAGAACUGUCCUGUGCCAGGUGGAUUACUUGACCCAGCAAUGGGACCCACGAAUGAUACUGACACCUGCAAGAGUUGUGGUCAGCAGUCCAUUCGCUGCCCCGGCCAUUUUGGCCAUAUCGAAUUGGCGAAACCACUAUUUAAUCCAUUGCUUUUUAUGAGUCUUAAAAACCUUCUCCAGGUUACGUGCUUCCAUUGUCACAAGUUCCGGUUGAACAAGGAACAGGCAGACAGAUACACAAAUGAGCUUGAACUAUUAGUAAGAGGUGAUAUUGCUCAUGCUAAAAAUUUGGAAGACUUGGGUGGCAAAGUACUUUCGAAAGAAGAUGAUGAAACUGAGGCCACUUCAGGUGAUAAAUCGGCUCGUUCGGAGAGGGAGAAUAAAACUUGGACAUCGAUCCAACUGAAGGAGGCUCUUUCGAUUUUCUCAAAGCUAAUGAAGAAAAGACAGAAGAAAUGUGCACAUUGUGAAAAAAAGAAUCCAAUUAUCAAAAAUCCUAUAUAUGGUUGGUUGAUCAAGGAUACAACUUCUUCCUCUGUAAGAGCAAAUGCGAUUGCCAAUGCUAAACUGAGUGGAGAUGGUCAUGUUAAUGACUCAAGAGAAACUGGUGUUUCCGGUCUUGAUGAAGAACUAACUUCACCUGGUACUUUGUCCAGAAGAUCAACCAAUGAAACAAGACGCAUUUCUGAUGAUACAAUCAAAGAAAUGGUGGCAUCAUCAGGAAAGAAACAUCUCUUGACUACAGAGGUUGAAUCUAUUCUGAAAGAUUUGUGGAAAAAGGAAGCAAGGUUCUGCAUGUUACUAUGUGAUUUCCAACAGAAUACAUUGAGUGUAUCAGAAAAGAGAAGGGGCUAUGAGAUGUUUUUCUUGAAGAAUCUGCUAGUGGCACCGAACAGAUUCCGCCCCUCAAUUAGCUCUAGUCUUGGAAUCAUGGAACAUCCACAAAAUGUUCUGCUCAGCAAAGUGCAAGAGUCCAAUCUUGCGCUUCAGCAGAGUAUUGCUGCUUCUAAUCAUAUGGAAGUUCUUAGAAGAUGGAUGGAUCUGCAAAGAAAUGUAAAUGUGCUGUAUGAUAGUAGUAAAGGCCUUUCAAAAAAUGAGAAGAAUGCAAAUGGUAUAAGGCAGUUGUUGGAAAAGAAAGAAGGGAUUCUUCGACAGAAGAUGAUGGGUAAAAGAGUUAAUUAUGCAUGCCGGUCCGUUAUAUCUCCAGAUCCAUAUUUGGCUGUUAAUGAAAUUGGAAUUCCUCCCGUUUUUGCCACACGAUUGACAUAUCCCGAGAAAGUGACACCCUGGAAUGCCAGAAAGCUACAAGAAGCUAUAAAUAAUGGUGCUGACAUUCAUCCUGGCGCAACCCAUUACAGGGAUAACAACAACAUGUACAAGCUACAAGCUGCCCCUCCCAAACGCCGUGCGAUUGCUAAGAUGCUACCUGCUUCUAGAGGAUCCAUUUCUCAACCAGGGAAAGAUCCCAAGUGUGAAUUUGAGAGCAAAGUGGUAUAUCGACACCUUCAAGAUGGUGAUGUUGUACUAGUCAAUCGGCAGCCUACUCUUCACAAGCCCAGCAUGAUGGCACAUGUUGUUCGUGUGCUACCUGGAGAGAAGACAAUUCGAAUGCACUAUGCUAAUUGCAGCACAUACAAUGCUGAUUUUGAUGGAGAUGAAAUGAAUGUGCACUUUCCACAAGAUGAAAUAUCUCGUGCUGAGGCCAUCAACAUUGUUGAUGCAAAUAAGCAGUACAUUGGUCCAAGGAGUGGGGAUGCUGUCAGAGGCCUCAUUCAGGACCACAUUAUUGGUGCUGUACUCCUGACAAAGCUGGACACCUUUCUAAGCCGUGAGGAAUAUAAUCAGCUUGUAUAUGGGUCUGUGCUCUCUUCAACUCGUAGAUCUGGUCAGUUUGGUAAAAAGAUAUCUAUUAUUAUGGAUGAUGAUGCACUCGAACCUGUACCUCCUGCUAUUUGGAAGCCAAAGCCCCUAUGGACAGGAAAACAGGUUAUAACAACCAUCUUGAACCAUGUAACAAAAGGUCGCCCUCCAUUUACUGUGGAGAAGAAGGGGAGAAUCGAAAAAGAAUAUCUAAUCCCUGAAGAACGCAAUGGUGAUAAAGUUAAAACUAUAAAUCCUUCAGAGCAAGUUUUGUAUGUUCAUGACAAUGAGCUCAUAAAAGGCAUGAUAGAUAAGGCCCAGUUUGGGAACUAUGGGAUAGUUCAUACGGUUCAUGAACUAUAUGGUCCAGAGACAGCUGGAGUACUACUCUCAUCAUUCAGUCGCUUGUUUACGAUGGUCCUGCAGUUGCAUGGAUUUACAUGUGGAGUAGAUGAUCUGUUACUAUCCCAAGAGUCAGAUAUGACGAGAGAGGAAAUUCUUGGAAAAAGUGAAAAACACAGUAAAAUAGUGCAUAUAAAUUUUACACGUCCCAAAAAGGAUGAUAAAGCUGAAGCUAAAGCUGAAGAUAUACGCCCCAAAGAGGGUGAUGAAGCUGAAGAUACACGCCCCAAAGAGGGUGAUGAAGCUGAAGAUACACGUCCCAAGGAGGAUCAUGAAGCUGAAGAUAGUACACAUCCCAAAGAGGAUCAUGAAGCUGAAGAUAGUACACAUCCCAAAGAGGAUCAUGAAGCUGAAGGUGAUGAUGAAGAUCAAAUGAAAUUGCAAAUGGAAGUCGAAAAAAUUAUACGGAGGAAUGGAGAAUCUGCGACUGUUAUAUUGGAUAGAAAUAUGUCAAGUGAACUGAAUACUUUAACAUCUAAAGUCAAUAAAAAAGUGUUUCCUUAUGGUCUACGGAAGCCUUUUCCUGGAAAUUGUCUCUCUCUUAUGACUCAAACUGGAGCUAAAGGUGGUUUGGUCAACAUGACACAAAUUUCAUCAUUGCUAGGCCAGCAAGAAUUAGAAGGAAAGCGUGUUCCACGAAUGAUUUCUGGGAAGACGUUACCUUGCUUUCCACCGUGGGAUACUUCUUCAAGAGCUGGUGGUUUCAUCGGUGAUCGAUUUUUAACUGGUCUCCGUCCUCAAGAGUACUAUUUUCACUGCAUGGCUGGCAGAGAGGGGUUGGUUGACACAGCAGUCAAAACUUCUCGUAGUGGUUAUCUUCAGCGUUGUCUUAUCAAAAGUCUCGAAUCAUUAAAAGUCUCAUAUGAUCACACAGUACGUGAUGUUGAUGGAUCAAUCAUACAGUUUUGCUAUGGAGAAGAUGGAGUUGAUGUGCUCAAAACUAGCUUUCUAGACGACAAAUUCAGGGAGCUUUCUGAUAAUAGAAGAGCUCUCCUUGGCAAGCUUGAUAGCCACAAUGACAAGCACCUGUUAUUAAAUCCAAAUGGAUACAUUUCUGAAUUGCCUGAGAAGCUGAUUGAAAAUGCAAUGGAGUUUCUAAAAUCCAAAAGAAAUGAGAAAGGUCGUUAUGACAUUAAAGAGAAAGAGCUAAUGAAGUUACUGAAAGUCAAGUACAUAUCUAGUCUUGUAGAUCCUGGGGAAGCUGUUGGUGUGGUUGCUGCUCAAUCCAUAGGAGAACCAUCAACACAGAUGACGCUCAACACUUUUCAUCUCGCUGGACGGGGUGAGAUGAAUGUUACGCUUGGUAUUCCUCGUUUGAAAGAACUUCUAAUGACUGCAUCGGCUAAAAUUAGUACACCUUUUAUGAAGUGUCCUCUGCUUGAAGAUAAGACUUGGGAUGAUGAUGAAGAAGAAAUGGAUGAUAAAUUAAAGAAGGCCCGUGAUGCUGAACGAUUGGCUGCUAAAUUAAGGACGAUUGAUGAUGCUGAACGAAUUGCUGCUAAAUUAAGGAGGGUUCGUGUAGCUGACAUUGUAGAGAGAAUUGAAGUAUGCACAGUUCCUUUUCACAACAAUAAUGGUUGUGUUUCAACCCUGUAUAAGUUACAGUUGAAACUCUACCCACAAGGGCUAUAUCCACGUCAGUCAGAACUUACAGUAGAAGAGUGCCAUGAAACCUUGAGAACUGUUUUUAUUGAUGCAAUGGAUCUUGCUAUCAGCAAACAUUUAGAUUUGCUACACAAAAUUAAUGAGAUCCAGGCAGUUAAGUCAAAUGAUAUGGAGAGUCAACGGUCUGAUGGAGUCGAAGAAUCUGAAAAUGGACCUACUGAUGAAGACAAUGGUGUGAGCGAUGGUGAAAAUGAGGAUGAUUUGGGAGCUGAUGCAGAAAAAUGGAAACGGCAAGAGAUAGAUGAGAUGGAGUAUGAUGAUGAUGCUGAAAAGGAAGAGGGUUUUGAUAUGGAUAGUGAAUCUGAAGAAGAUACCAAAUCUAAACCUGAGAGUGAAGAUCAUCAAGCAAAAUUAGAUGAAGAGUUAGAAGAGUCUGAGGAAGGACAUGUGCUAGAUUCUAGCAACAAGGGGGAAAAUUUAAAAGCUAAGCAAGCAACAGCCAGACUCGAAGAUGAAAUGAAUGAAGCUGAGGAUGAAAAGGCGCAAGUGACCAUAAAGUUCAAGAAAAACAUAAAAUGGACUAUUCAUUAUGAAUCAACAGGUUUAAAUUUUGAGGUUCACUACGCUUUGCAAGAGCAACCUCAUAUUCUGUUAGCCCAGAUUGCUCAGAGAACAGCUAGGUCUGUUUUUGUCAAGGCCUGUAAGAAUAUUGAUCGAUGUGAAGUGAAUAAACCAAAGAAGAUAGAUAAUAAUACGAUAAAUACUCCCAUCACUCUACAAACAGCAGGGGUGAACUUUGAAGUAUUCCAUAAGUUAGUGGACUAUCUCGAUAUCAAUGAGGUCAGAUCCAAUGAUAUACACGCUAUGUUGAACACAUAUGGGGUAGAGGCUGCAAGGGCAACCAUCAUUGGGGAAGUGAAGGGCGUAUUCGGUGCUUAUGGUAUCCAUGUUGACAUGAGGCAUCUGAACUUGAUUGCGGAUUUCAUGACCUUCGACGGCGGUUACCGACCGAUGAGCAGGCUAGGGAUGGGCCAGUUCAGCACCUCGCCAUUUGGUAAGAUGACUUUUGAGACGGCAACCAAGUUUAUUGUGGAAGCAGCUUCUCAUGGAGAGUCUGACACACUGGACGGCCCUUCGGCAAGCGUCUGUCUGGGGAAACCUGUUAAGGUGGGGACGGGUUCCUUUGGCUUGCUGCAGAAUUUUUCCCUGGAGCAACCUGUUGCGAUGUAAGCAUACAUGUAGCAUCAUCAGCCUGUUUGCUUUACUGGAUUAGUCCAAUUUUGAUGGAGGCUGCCAUAGAGCAGUAGGAAUGUGUUACAUAUACGGUACUUUUUGCUAGCAAGUGCAGCAAGUUAUGUCAGUUCUCAGUUGUGUUUGUGUAGCAGGAAACGAACAUGUGAACACUGAUACUCCCUUUGGUAGUAGUAUGGACAUUAGUCUCUGUGUAGACUGUGUGGAGUAUCAGGCUGGCAGCAGCAGUAGCAGCAUGAUCUUGGUUUCUUUGCCAUUUUAGAUGCAUUUCAGCACCCUUGUUUUUUCUGCCUUUAAACCCAAAUCCGAUAGCCACUU